UAGUGAUCUGUGAAAGGUGGGACUUCCUGGGGCGCCUGUUUCUUUUUUCGCUAGUAUCUGCUGGACGUGGUGAACACAACGGAGAGACAUGGCUGGCCAGGAGCUGCGGUUGAAUCACACCAUUUACAUCAACAACCUGAAUGAGAAAAUUAAAAAAGAUGAAUUGAAGAAAUCACUAUAUGCCAUUUUCUCUCAGUUUGGGCAAAUCUUGGACAUCCUUGUGUCCCGCACCCUCAAGAUGAGGGGUCAGGCUUUUGUGAUUUUCAAAGAGAUCAACAGUGCCUCCAAUGCUCUCAGAUCUAUGCAGGGCUUUCCAUUUUAUGACAAACCCAUGCGCAUUCAGUAUGCCAAGCAAGACUCGGACAUUAUUGCGAAGAUGAAGGGCACGUACGUGGAGCGGGAUCGUAAGAAGGAAAAGAAGAAAACUAAGGGUGUCGACGCAGCAGGCUCAAAGAAGGGGCUGCCAGCUGCGGCCCCUGGCAUGGCAGGAGUACCUGCAGCUAUGCCGGGAAUGCCUCCUAUGAGUCAGGCUCCUCGAAUGAUGCCAAUGCCAGGCCAGCCUCCUUAUAUGCCCCCUCCUGGUAUGAUGCCCCCACCUGGCAUGGGUCCUGGUCAGAUGCCCCCAGGUGCCAUGCCUCCAGGCCAGAUGAUGCCGGGGCAAAUGCCAGGCCAGAUGCCUCAGCAGGUCUCAGAGAACCCACCCAACCAUAUCCUGUUCCUCACCAACCUCCCAGAGGAGACCAAUGAGCUCAUGCUGUCUAUGCUUUUUAACCAGUUUCCAGGGUUCAAAGAGGUGCGUCUGGUUCCUGGCCGUCAUGAUAUCGCCUUUGUGGAGUUUGAUAAUGAGGUGCAGGCAGGUGCGGCCAGGGAAGCCCUCCAAGGCUUUAAGAUCACUCAGACCAAUGCCAUGAAGAUCUCCUUUGCUAAGAAAUAAAUGGGCAUACUGCCAUGCUCACAGAACUCCACACACAAAUGCAUACAGCAUGAGCAAUGUGCUGCCCUUGACAGCCCUUCAAACACUUUUGCCAGUGUGAAGAAGGCAAUGCCCCAUCCACUGUCUUGAUUAAUUCAGGAUCAAAGGGUAAACCUGGCUGUUUAUGAUGGACAUGUCUGUGUUGAAUUCCUGUGAACAUUUUCUGAUAUGGGAUGAAAGGUAAGGACCAUCAUACCAGAGGCACAUUCUUUCUGGUUUUGGUUGUUUGUUUUUUUCCCCCAAUCGCUCUUUUAGAGGAUGAUCUUUGGAGGUUGUAAGUAAUUUCUUUUUGUACUUCUUGCUCUUCACAAGCAUUGCACCCAGGGUCUGGAACCCCAGACAUUGUACCUGGAGCUUUACUGUUUCAAUUAAAGAUGAUGUUUUAAACAGUG